AUGAGCGACACGGCUCAGGCUUUAUUCAAGGAGAUUGCCCCUGCACAUCGUACUCCACAUGCUAAGGUUACUGUGGUCGGUUGUGGUCAGGUUGGCAUGGCUUGCGUCGUUAGCAUCAUGCAGAAGAACAUCGCCAGCGAGAUAUGUUUGGUGGACGUCGUGGCAGACAAACUAAAAGGCGAAAUGAUGGAUUUGCAGCACGGCGUCCCGUUCAUGCAUCCAUGCAUUAUCCGUGCUUCGCCUGACUAUGCGAUCACCAAAGGGUCAAAACUGUGCGUUGUCACAGCUGGCGUGCGACAGCGUGAAGGGGAAAGUCGCCUUUCACUUGUGCAGCGCAAUGUCGAAAUUUUUAAAGGCAUUAUUCCAAAACUGGUCCAGCAUUCUCCAGACACCAUGCUUCUAAUUGUGUCUAACCCAGGUUAG